GCAACCGGGUGAGGGAGCGCUUCCGCCCGGAGAGAGCUGGCCGGGUUGAGGCGCCGGCUUUCCCGGCUCUUCUCCGGCUGCCACCGCUUUGCUGCAAAGCUGACGGGCGCAAAAACAUGAGUGACUCCGCGGGAGGGCGCGCUGGUCUCCGGCGUUACCCCAAGCUCCCAGUGUGGGUGGUGGAGGAUCAUCAGGAGGUUCUACCCUUUAUAUACCGGGCCAUAGGCUCAAAGCAUCUUCCUGCCAGUAAUAUAAGUUUUUUACAUUUUGACUCACAUCCAGACCUCCUUAUUCCUGUGAAUAUGCCAGCAGACACCGUGUUUGAUAAGGAAACACUCUUUGGAGAAUUAAGUAUUGAAAAUUGGAUUAUGCCUGCAGUUUAUGCUGGCCAUUUUUCACAUGUAAUAUGGUUUCAUCCCACAUGGGCUCAGCAAAUCAGAGAGGGCAGACACCACUUUUUAGUAGGCAAAGACACUUCUACCACAACAAUCAGGGUUACAGGAACAGAUCAUUACUUCCUAAGUGAUGGUCUGUAUGUACCUGAAGACCAGCUAGAGAACCAAAAACCUUUACAAUUGGAUGUAAUUAUGGUAAAACCUUAUAAACUCUGUAACAAUCAAGAAGAAAACGAUGCAGUGUCUUCUGCUAAGAAACCAAAGCUAGCCCUGGAAGAUUCGGAAAACACUGCUUCUACUUACUGUGACUCUUCUUCAGAAGGACUGGAAAAGGACACAGCAACACAGAGAAGUGACCAGACUUGCCUAGAACCAUCAUGUUCAUGUUCUUCUGAAAAUCAGGAAUGCCAGACUGCUGCCAGCACUGGGGAAAUUCUGGAAAUUUUGAAGAAAGGGAAGGCAUUUGUUUUAGAUAUUGACUUGGAUUUUUUUUCAGUCAAGAAUCCCUUCAAAGAAAUGUUCACUCAGGAAGAGUACAAAAUCUUACAAGAGCUGUACCAGUUUAAGAAACCUGGCACCAACCUAACAGAGGAAGAUUUGGUAGAUAUUGUUGAUACUCGAAUUCAUCAAUUAGAGGAUUUAGAAGCCACUUUCGCUGAUUUGUGUGAUGGUGAUGAUGAAGAAACAGUACAGAGAUGGGCUUCAAACCCUGGAAUGGAAUCACUAGUUCCCCUUGUACAGAGUUUGAAAAAACGGAUGGAAGUACCAGACUAUGAAAUGUUCCCAGCAAGUUCUUCAUCUCCAUCUGAGACCACCUCAGCCUGGAUUUCAUUGUCCAUGUCAUUAUCAGCAUUUUGGUCCAAGCCAUUCAACAAGUCUCUAGGAAGUUCCAAACUGUCCAACAUUUCCCUGCCUUCUUCUGAGCCCUCCAAACUGUUCCAACCUCUGCCAGUUCCAAAGUUGCUUCCACAUUUUCAGGUUCACCAGGCUGGUUUAACCUGCGAUUAUUCAGAACUUCCUCACCAUAUCAGCACAGAACAAGAAAUAGAGUAUCUUAUUCAAUCUGUGCAUUAUUUACUGAAAAAUUUACCAAAUCCUACUCUUGUGACAAUUGCAAGGUCAAGUCUGGAUGAUUACUGUCCUUCUGACCAAGUUGACACUAUUCAAGAAAAGGUCCUCAAUAUGCUACGUGCCCUCUAUGGAAAUCUAGACCUCCAAGUGUAUGCAGCAGAGUCUCCUCCAUCCUGAAACAAACAAAACAUUAGGCUCCUGUUGUAUCUUGGUUUAGUAACAGCCCUUUAAUUAACUUAUUUGUAAAUGAGUCUUCCAGAGAACACUGUUUUUAUAUUAACUUUUAGUUGAAAUCUUUCAGAUAUUUUGAAUCGCUAAACAACUAUUGUCAGUUGCGGAAUGAUGGUAAAUUUUUUGGCAUCAAGUCUAAUAACCCCAACUGAUAGAACUGUUGUUUAUCUGUCUUCCUUAAGUAUUUUUUAGGGUUUUUUUUUUUUUUUUUUCACUUUUCCCCCAGGUCUAUUGGACUGUAUGAGAUUCAUUCAUACUUCAUUUAUUCAUUCAACUAAUAUUUAUUGAACACUUAACAUGUACCAGACAUUAUUAAGUGCUGGGUAUAUGGUAAUGAAUGGAAUAGACAAGGCCCCUGCCCUUUUAGGGGAGACAGAUAAGAAGUAAAUUAUGGGUUAUGAGAAAUGUUAUGAAGGAAAGGACAACAACAGACCUGUCUUAGUACUUAGAGUACCAUGGCCUUAUAGGAAAGUAAUAUUCUCUUUUUUUUUUUUUAAUUUUAUAAAAAUAGAGAUGGGGUCUCACCAUGUUACCUAGGCUGGUCUCGAACUCCUGGGCACCAGCAAUCCACCUGCCUUCGCCUCCCGAAGUGCUGGGAUUACAGGUGUGAGUCACUGCCCCAGCCAGAAACUAACAUUCUCAAAAGCUACUACCGAAAAAAACCCACAAAUUUGCCAAUCCAUGAAAGUAUCAUAGGAAGUCUACCUUUCCAAGGAAUUUGGCAUUGUGGCCCUGCUCUUGCCAAAUGCUCUCCAGCAUUGUUGGUAUCAAGGUGGUCUGCUUGAGUAAACUUGACCAAACAAAAAUUAACUGUUUUUUGCUUUUCUGUUUUUGUUUUACUGAUCAAAAAAGCCCUUCAGGGUCUUUUGUGCCUCCAGGCGGUCGUUGUAAAUAUCAAUAAUAUAGUACCUAAGUGCAACUUUAUUGGCAAGUCUGGAUUGAUACUUUUUUCAGAUAAACCAGCUUUUUAUGUAAAUAGUAAGGGAAAAAGUUAAAUCUUUAAUUCUGACCUGCCGUAAAUACCCAAAGAUAUAAACUGUGUUCUAGCACCCCCCCCCAUAACUAGGACAUCCUUCCUGAGUCUUAAUCAUGAAACUUGAUUUUCUUAAUUGGCCAGUGUUCUGAUCUUUUUCUUUUUUCUUUUUUUUUUUUGAGACAGAGUCUUGCUCUGUCGCCCAGGCUGGAGUACAGUGGCGCAAUCUCGGCUCACUGCAAGCUCCGCCUCCCAGGUUCACGCCAUUCUCCUGCCUCAGCCUCCUGAGUAGCUGGGACUACAGGCGCCCGCCACCAUGCCCGGCUAAUUUUUUGUAUUUUUGGUAGAGACAGGGUUUCACCGUGUUAGCUAGGAUGGUUCUCGAUCUCCUGACCUCGUGAUCCGCCCGCCUCGGCCUCCCAAAGUGCUGGGAUUACAGGCAUGAGCCACUGCGCCCGGCCUUGUUCUGAUCUUUAGUAUCUCUUUAGUUCAGUAAUUUUUACCUACCUACUUGAUUUAUUUUCCUUUAAAAGGUGAAAUGACAUUUAAAGAAAAACAAACACCCAUCAUUCCUCAGUCCCAACACAGCAGUUCUUUUCACUCUUGCAUGUAGCUUUCAGGCCUUAUCCACAUGUGUCCCUACAGAGUUGCAUGUAGCUAAAAUUAUAGUGUGCUGCCUAACUUUGUGCUAAUAACCAAGGACACACAUUAUCAUUGCCUCUCAGUGGAUGGCACCUGACCCCAUUUUUCCAAGGAUUCUAUUUUCCAGUGAAUUUUUGUCACCGAGUUAAUUUCCCAAGUCUGAUAGCAUGAACGCUUAUUUGUGUUGUGAAAAGCAGGUCAGCCUGACUCAGCUCUCCAUUUUCAUAGAACAAUGUGUGCCGGAAUAAGUUUAUUUUCUUGGUAAAAUCAGAAUUGUAGAAUUGUGCUAUUUUUAAUUUUUAAAAUUUUUGGUUAGAGCUUAUAGACAUUACUUUUAUGAUUAUUUUGCAUGCUAAGUAAGUUAAAGGGUAUGUUUUGAACUGUAGCACUAAUUAAUGUGUGUGAUCUUAGUAUAUCGAUAGCUUUGAUUUUGUGAGUGGUUUACUAGUCAUUUAUUAUGAUUCCCAUGAACUCUGAUAUGAUUCAUUGUGGUUUUAACUCAGGUUGAAUAAAAGCAUCCAUUUCUUUUAUAGGAAGGUUUGUUUAAUUCUCAUGUUCUGUGAUCAUCUCUUUGAGAAUAAAAUUCAGUCCCUAAUAGUUGAAAA